UUAACUAUUUUGUACAGAUUUUCAGUUCACCUUCUUAUACUGUAAAGUCAGAAAUUUUUCUGUCUUUUUAUGGUCAAUUUAUGAAUUAAUACUUUUAGGCGUUACUUUUCUUUUCUAGAUCUUAUUUGUUUAAGUUCAUGUGUCUGGGUUUCUAGUAUCAAACAUGGACUUAGUACUUGAUUUUCAUGAUUAAUCGAUCAUUAAUCAGAAUUUCAGAACAGAAGGUUAGCUCAUUUUCAGAAGAUAGAUGGCGACUCUACAAGACAUAGGGGUUGCAGCGGGUAUCAAUAUCAUAUACGCCUUUGCUUGCUUUAUUAUCUUUGCGCUAAUAAGAUUGCAACCUUUCAAUGAUAGAGUAUACUUUCCCAAAUGGUAUCUUAAGGGUCUAAGAAGCAGUCCGGCAGGCUCAGGAGCUUUAACCAAGUUCGUGAAUUUAGAUAUUUGGUCGUACAUCACGUUUUUAAAUUGGAUGCCAGAUGCACUUAGAAUGCCUGAACCUGCGCUGAUUGAACAUGCAGGACUUGAUUCUGCUAUCUACUUACGGAUUUACUUGCUUGGACUUAAAAUCUUCGUACCUAUUGCACUCUUUGCAUUUGCAAUCCUGGUGCCUGUAAAUUGGACUAAUAACACGCUGGAGCAAUCAAAAUUAACUUUCAGUGACAUAGACAAAAUUUCCAUUUCGAAUAUUCCUGAGGGGUCGCCUAGAUUUUGGACUCAUAUAGUGAUGGCUUAUGCGUUUACUUUUUGGACAUGCUAUUCUUUGCAUAAGGAGUAUGAACUGGUUGCCACAAUGAGGUUGCACUUUCUGGCAACAGAAGAACGCCGUCCUGAUCAGUUUACAGUCCUCGUAAGAAAUGUACCGCCAGACCCUGAUGAAUCAGUUAGUGAGCUUGUGGAGCACUUUUUUCUCGUCAACCAUCCAGAUAGUUAUCUCACUCAUCAGGUCGUAUUCAAUGGAAACAAACUCAGUGCAUUGGUCAAAAAGAAGGAAAAAGCACAGAACUGGCUUGAUUAUAAUCAACUUAGAUAUUCACGCAAUCAAUCUAAAAGACCAACGACAAAGACUGGCUUUCUCGGACUAUGGGGAGACAGACUGGAUUCAAUUGAUUAUUACACUAGUGAAGUGGAUAAGCUGUCAAAAGAAAUAGAGGCAGAGAAGCAAAAGAUGACCAAGAACCCGAAGUAUAUAAUGCCAGCGGCGUUUGUUUCUUUCAAAAGUCGACGGGCAGCUGCUGUCUGUGCACAAACUCAGCAGACUAGAAAUCCAACAUUAUGGUUGUCUGAGUGGGCUCCAGAGCCGCGGGAUGUAUACUGGAACAACUUAGCCAUUCCAUUUGUGUCACUCACAAUUAGGAGACUUAUUAUAGGUGUUGCAUUCUUCUUCCUUACUUUCUUCUUUAUGAUACCAAUAGCAAUUGUACAGUCCCUGGCGAACAUCGAAGGAAUUGAAAAGGCAGUCCCGUUCUUAAAGCCCCUCAUCGAAAAGCCUGCCGUUAAAUCGCUCAUCCAAGGGUUUCUACCGGGUAUUGCUCUAAAGAUAUUCCUCAUUGUUCUACCGACAAUAUUGAUGUUUAUGUCAAAAUUUGAAGGCUUUUAUUCGUUAUCAUCACUGGAGAAGAGAUGUGCAUCACGAUAUUAUAUUUUCAAAUUUGUUAAUUUGUUCCUCGGGAGUAUUAUUGCUGGAACCGCAUUUCAACAGCUAGAUACUUUUAUUCACAAGUCGGCUAAUCAAAUUCCGGAAACAAUUGGUGUCUCCAUCCCAAUGAAAGCAACUUUCUUCAUUACUUAUAUAAUGGUUGAUGGAUGGGCUGGUGUUGCUGGUGAAAUUCUAAGGCUCAAACCACUGAUUAUGUACCACUUGAAAAACUUUUUCUUGGUAAAAACGGAAAAGGAUAGAGAGGAGGCAAUGGACCCAGGCAGUAUUGGUUUUGAUACAGGGGAACCUCAGAUUCAAUUUUACUUUUUACUUGGCCUGGUUUAUGCUGUUAUCACUCCUUUCUUACUUCCUUUCAUAAUCGUAUUCUUCGCCCUCGCGUACGUUGUGUUCCGUCAUCAGAUUAUUAAUGUUUACAAUCAAGAAUACGAGAGUGCAGCUUCAUUUUGGCCAGACGUCCAUGGCCGUAUAAUUGUUGCUUUGAUUGUCUCACAGCUUCUUUUAAUGGGUUUGUUAAGUACUAAGAAAGCAGCUCAAUCAACACCACUCCUCAUUGCUCUUCCUGUUCUUACUAUAUGUUUUAAAAAAUUCUGCAAGAAUCGUUUUGAACCUGCGUUCAAGAAAUUUCCGUUGCAGGAAGCAAUGAUGAAAGACACAUUGGAAAGAAUAAGAGAGCCGAAUCUCAUUCUAAAAGGGUACCUCGAAAAUGCUUAUACUCAUCCAGUGUUCAAGGAUGAAGAAGAGGAAGACGAGAGUUAUAUAGUAGACGAAGAGUGGAAACCGGAAAACUUGGUACCGACUAAACGCCAUUCCCGAAGAUCAACACCAUUGACUAGCAAUUACAGCAGUCUCGGUUUAUCUUCACGUUCGUUGCUUGAGGUUACCGAUUAAAUAGUUUUAGGUGUUACUUUGACUUCUGGUCGAUGUGCAUUUAGCUUCUUAUUUUCCCGAAGAGAUAUUGGUGGCUUUGUAAAAGCUGUUGAAACAGGGAGAGAGAGUAGCCCAAUCCAGCCUCCAAUUUUUGUAACUUGCAAAGAGAAGAAAUUGCUGUAGGAUGAUGAUUUUUUGAACUGCAGUUUAACUGUUCCUUAACGAAGAUAGAAAGCAUAUUGUGAUCAAUGUUUCUCACCAGUACAGAUUACGGUGGAAGUUAGUGAAGAAUGAGUCACAAAAUUCAAAUUGAGAGAGCUGUCAGAAAACCAAAAGAUCUGGUAGACUGUACAAGUUCCAGCAGAUUUUCAAAGCCAUUUGCAACUUGGAUUCCUGUUACUGGCAUUUUAUUC